AUGAAAAUAUUCUGCGCAUUAUUUGUUUUACUUUACACUUCAACAAUAUCAUCACUUGAAUUGAAGAAACUAUCCAGUUGUCAAACAGCAUUGGGCAUGCAAUCAGGUUCGAUACCUGAUUCGGCAAUUUCCGCUUCGAGCAGUUACGAUUCUAAUAGUGUUGGACCAAAAGCUAGUCGAGCUCGUACUGAACAGUAUGGUGGAGCAUGGUGUCCAUUAAAUCAAAUAACGUCAAUACUAAAUGAAUGGUUGGAAAUUGAUUUCGGAAAUCUAACUUAUUUAACGCAAGUAGAAACUCAAGGUAGAUUUGAUAAUGGACGAGGCAAAGAAUACGCCGAUUACUACAUCUUGAUGUACACUCGAUCGAAUCAACCUACUAAUGAUAUUAAAUCAUGGAUUGAAUACAAACCUCAGAUCAUUAGUAAUGACGAGUUGAAUUCAUCAUGGAUACAUGCUAAUCAGAAUACAUACAUGGGAGAAAUACGGCCAUUAAAUCCACCCAUCGUUGCUAGACGACUUCGAUUCUAUCCUGUUAGUAAGCAAACUCGAACUGUUUGUAUGCGCGUUGAAGUUUAUGGUUGUUUAUUUUCCGAUGGUAUUGUUUCAUACACAAUGCCACAAGGCCGAACGGAUAUAAAUUCAUUAGGUGAUGACACGUACGAUGGAAAAUACAUUCCCGAAACGAAUAUGUUAGUCGAUGGUCUCGGACAAUUGUCUGAUGGCAUCACAGGUUCGGAAGAUAUGUCAUUAGUUGAUGGUCGACAACCAUGGGUAGGAUGGUCAAAUGAUUCGAAUACACAUGUAACAAUAAUAUUUCAAUUUGAUUAUAUACGUCAAAUGAAUCGUGUGACAAUCCAUACGAACAAUGUCUUUUCGAAGCAGAUUUCACUAUUUAAAACAGCAGUAGUCACAUUUUCUUUAACUGGUGAACGAACAAGUUAUUCAAAUGCAAUUAUAUCCGAACAAAAUCGUGACGAAUAUUAUGAAAUUGCUCGUCCUAUAUUGAUUCAAUUGAAUAAUCAUGUUGCCAAAUAUGUACGAUUAGAUUUAUAUUUUGAUUCCAAAUGGCUUCUAAUCAGCGAAAUAACAUUUGACUCGCAAAUUUAUAAUGAGAAAAUUGAAACUAAAAACGAAGAUUUAUUUAUGGGAGAUCUUGCCAAACAGCAGCAGCCUUUAUUUGAUCCGAUGAAAAUGAUGACAGAUCAACGCAAACGCAAUCGUAAUGUACUGCAAACGACACUAUCAACUGAAACUACAACGAAAUCAUUACCAUCAACACAUUUCUCCAAUCUAAUCACAACGGAACUAUCACUAGCGUUCUUUAUCGGAGCAUCGUUGGCUAUUGGACUUCUAUUACUUGUUUCACUAGUGUGGCUCAUACGACGAAAGAAAAAACUUCAAUUUCAAAAAUUAACAGAAAAACCAUGCAAUAAUUCAUCAUGUUAUACUUAUCCAACGUUACCAAUCCGCGAAUUUCAUGAUUUGAAUGCGCCGAUUACUAGUGCUGUUGAUGAUCGCGAAUAUGCUGUGCCUGAUAUUAACUUCUACUCUACAUUUGCUCAUAGUCCACAUUUAAAUCAUCACAAAAAAUAUAUUACACCUCUAUCGUCUGCCUCAUCCUACACUUGUAGUCCACGACUAAUUCGGCCGGCAAAUAUUAACUGCUACCCGACAUUAAAGACUCUUCCAUCUCAACAUUGUUGUAUUCAUCAACAAUAUUUAACCAUGCAGCAUUGUCAACCAUCGAUAACAGUCAAUCCGAAUCGAGUUUUACCUCCGUCUGUCGUCGAUGAACUUGCUACGAUUGAAGGUCCUUGUGGAAAUAGUUUAAUGAUGAAAUUCAAUUCUAUGGUUGAUACUCAGUUAAUAACUAUCAAAGAGAUCAAUUCUGAUGAUAUAAAUAUCAUGGAAAAAAUCGGUGACGGACUUUUUGGAAGUGUACAUGUUGGAGAAAUGAAACUGAAUGGUGGUGAAAGACAAACUGUUCUAAUUAAAUCCUUACAAGAAAGUACAGAUGAAAAACAAAAAUCGGUAUUUUCGAAAGAAAUUGAAUUAUUGUCACUGAUUAACGAUUUUCACGUAUGUUCACUAUUGGGCGUUUUGAAUAAUCAAAGAACAGUUGCCAUAUUCGAAUAUUACUCACUUGAUCUAUACCAAUAUCUCCGUCAACAAUUGAUACCAAUGGAUAGUUGUUCAGCAUCGAGUUUUCUUCUCUCCUUAGCUUGUCAAAUCGCGUCAGGAAUGAAGUAUUUAUCAUCAAAUUCGAUUAUUCAUCGUGAUCUAGCCACCAGAAACUGUCUAAUAUCCACAACCAAUCUGCAGAUACACAUUACAGAUAUUGCCAUGAUCAAAACCGACUAUGCUAAUGAUUAUGCGCGUGUAGGACGUUUGCAAUCACGCAUACCUCUACGAUGGGCUGCAUGGGAAACCAUAUUUCUCAAUCAAUUCUCAUUGAAAUCAGAUGUCUGGUCGUUUGGCGUGACACUCUACGAAGUCUAUACCUACGCUCGUCAACGGCCUUACCAUGCACUGACAAAUGAACAACUCGUUCAACAAUUCGCUUCCAUAUCUCAGGGACAAAUAGCAUUGAAUCCGCUUGUUUCAUUGCCGAAACCGGAAUUAUGUUCAAAAGAGAUUUAUGACAUGAUGUGUGAAUGUUGGCAACGAGAUGCUCAAUAUCGUCCAUCAUUUGCUGAUAUUUAUACAUUUUUGCAGGGAAGAGCAUCUGGCUCCGCCCCAUUGGUCACAACCGAACAAUUGUAG